CCCCACUCCCGCGCGCUCCCGGGCCCGCCCCCGACGCCAUCUUGGUCUAGGAGCGAGCGGGCAGCCCGCGUGAGUAAACCGCCCGAGCGGGGAAAGUCGAGGUCUGGCUGCGCCCGGGGGCUGCGGGGCUGCCGCGGAGAGGACGCGGUCCUAACCUUCGUACGUGGCGGGUGGCCGACAUGACGGCCCCGGGUCGUGGCCCCCUGGCGCCGCUGUUGGAGACUUUGGAAGAUCCGUCCGCCUCCCGCGGGGAGCAGACGGACGCUUACCUGACUUUGACCAGUCGUAUGACUGGAGAAGAUGGAAAAGAAGUCAUUACAGAAAUUGAGAAAAAACUUCCUCGGCUAUACAAAGUCUUAAAAACUCAUAUUUCCAGCCAGAACUCGGAGCUCAGUAGUGCUGCUCUACAGGCCUUGGGGUUUUGCUUAUAUAAUCCCAAAAUUACCUCAGGAUUAUCAGAGACAAAUAUUCAAGAACUCCUUUCAAAAUUGAAUGAUACUGUUAAGAGUUCAGACAAAAAUGUACGUACGAGGGCACUUUGGGUGAUAUCUAAGCAGACAUUUCCCAGUGAAGCUGUUGGCAAAGUAGUAUCCAGUAUAAUUGAUUCAUUAGAAAUAGUAUUUAAUAGAGGAGAGGUGCAUUCUGCUGUUGUUGAUUAUGAAGCAUUAAAUGUCAUCGUAAGACUAAUUGAACAAGCCCCAAUUCAAAUGGGAGAGGAAUCAAUUAGGUGGGCAAAAUUGGUCAUACCUUUAGUGGUUCAUUCUGCGCAAAAGGUACAUUUGCGGGGAGCGACUGCUUUAGAGAUGGGAAUGCCGUUGUUGCUGCAGAAACAACAAGAAAUAGCAUCUAUCACAGAACAGCUUAUGACUACUAAAUUACUUUCAGAGCUCCAAAAACUGUUUAUGAGUAAAAAUGAGACUUACGUGUUAAAAUUAUGGCCUCUGUUUGUCAAACUUCUUGGGAAGACCUUGCAUCGAAGUGGGAGUUUCAUUAAUUCUCUGUUACAGCUUGAAGAAUUAGGAUUUCGUAGUGGAGCACCUAUGAUUAAAAAAAUAGCUUUUAUUGCUUGGAAGAGUUUAAUAGAUAAUUUUGCUUUAAAUCCAGAAAUACUAUGUAGUGCAAAAAGACUGAAGUUGUUAAUGCAGCCUUUGAGUUCCAUCCAUGUGAGAACAGAAACUCUAGCACUAACAAAACUAGAAGUCUGGUGGUAUUUAUUGAUAAGACUUGGACCUCAACUUCCUGCUAAUUUUGAACAGGUUUGUGUGCCCCUGAUCCAAAGCACAAUAAGUAUUGAUGCUAAUGCGUCUCCUCAAGGCAGUUUAUCUCGUAUAGCUACUUCUCCUGGUUUAAAUCCUAUGACUCCUUUACACAAAGGCGCUUCCCCAUACGGAACCCCUGUAACUCCCCGGAUGAACUUAAGUUCAAAUUUUGGUGGAAUGGCCACAAUCCCCUCUAUUCAACUUUUGGGACUUGAAAUGUUGCUUCAUUUUUUGUUGGGUCCAGAAGUCUUGAGUUUUGCUAAGCAAAACAAACUUGUAUUGAGCUUAGAGCCACUUGAACAUCCAUUAAUCAGCAGCUCCUCUUUUUUCUCUAAACAUGCAAAUACACUUAUCACUGCUGUUCAUGAUAGUUUUGUUGCAGUUGGAAAAGAUGCCUCUGAUGCAGUUGUCAAUGCUAUUUGGAAGGAGCUAAUUAGCUUGGUGAAGUCAGUUAUUGAAUCAGGUAAUAAAAAAGAGAGACCAGGUUCUGAAGUUUUGACUCUCUUACUAAAAUCUUUGGGAAGUAUAGUGAAGUCAGAUGUAUUUCCUGUAUCGAAAACACUGGUCAUCAUGGAAAUUACAGUUAAAGGACUUCCUCAGAAAGUAUUAGGUUCACCAGCAUAUCAGGUUGCUAAUAUGGAUAUUCUUAAUGGGACUCCUGCUUUGUUCUUAAUUCAGUUAAUUUUCAACAGUCUUGUCGACUGUGGUGUAGAAGAUGAGAGGUUUUUUGUCAAUCUGGAAACACUUGUAGGCUGUGUUCUUUCUGGUCCAACUUCACCACUAGCUUUCAGUGAUUCUGUUCUUAACGUUAUUAAUCAAAAUGCAAAGCAGUUGGAAAACAAGGAGCAUCUGUGGAGAAUGUGGAGUAUUAUAGUGACUCCAUUAACUGAAUUGAUUAAUCAGACCAAUGAAGUGAACCAAGGUGAUGCCUUAGAACAUAAUUUUAGUGCCAUAUGUGGUGCAUUGACUUUACCAAUAAACCAUAUUUUUCCAGUACAGAAAUUUCCAGUGGCCACCAUGAGGGCCCUACAUAAAACUUGGUCCAAAUUGUAUAGAGCAUUUGCUCGCUGUGCUGCUCUUGUGGCAACCGCAGAAGAGAAUCUAUGCUGUGAGGAACUUGCUUCCAAGAUAAUAUCCAGUUUGGAAGAUGAAAACUUUUCAAAUUUGUUGUUCUUGGAUAGAAUCGUUCAUACUGUUAUUAUAAUGGUCGAUUGCAUUGACUUCUCACCGUAUAAUAUUAAAUAUCAGCCCAAAGUUAAAUCACCACAGAGACCUUCAGAUUGGUCCAAAAAGAAGAAGGAGCCGCUAGGGAAAUUGGCUUCUUUAUUUAAACUUAUUAUGAGAGUGAUCAAUUCUUUCCACACACUGAGCUACAAGGAAAUACAUUCUGAUACUCUCCUUCCGAUGGGCAACUCAAUCAUCAGCAUUCUUUCCAAUGUGCUUGGAUGUAUUUCUUUGCCUUCUAUGAUCCGAAAAAUAUUUGCAGAUUUAACAAGACCCCUGGCAUUAUUUUAUGAAAAUUCAAAGCUUGAUGAAGUUCCUAAAGUGUAUAGUUGUAUGAACAACAAGUUAGAAAAGCUACUAGGAGAAAUUAUUGCUUGUCUACACUUCAGCUACACUGGAACUUAUGACAGUGAACUUCUGGAACAGAUCUCACCAUUAUUAUGCAUAAUAUUUUCGCACAAGAAUAAACAGAUUCGGAAACAGAGCAGUCAGUUCUGGAAUGCCACAUUUGCUAAAGUGACGAUGUUGAUUUAUCCUGAAGAGUUAAAACCAGUACUAAGAAAAGCCAAACAAAAAUUUCUUCUUCUGUUGCCUGGUUUGGAAAAUGUUGAGAUUGUAGAGGAGUCCAGCGGACCAUACUCGGAUGCCCAGACAGAAAAUUCACAAUUAAAUAUGAAGAUUAGUGGGAUGGAAAGAAAAUCAAGUGGGAAGAGAGACUCUUUGUUGGCACAAGCAAAGCAUGCAAAAGAAAGUAUGAAACCACCAGCCAAACUGAAACUAGAAUCUUCAUCUUCCAAAACAAAAAGUGAAAUGCUUUUGGAAGAAGAAAAGUCUACUGACUUCGUGUGUAUACCCCCAGAAGGAAAAGAAGCAAAGGAAAGAAUACUAACUGAACAUCAGAAAGAAGUACUCAAAACAAAGAGGUGUGAUAUUCCUGCCAUGUAUAAUAAUCUGGAUGUUUCACAAGAUACUUUAUUUUCUCAGUAUAGUCAGGAAGAAUCUAUGGAAAUUCCUACUUUAACUAAAAAAUCAAAGGAAGAUUCUGAGGUGAUACUUGAGGAGGAAGAGCAAAUGCAGAGUGAUGUUGUCAUUCAUCAAGAUGUCACAGAAAACUGUGGUACAGAUGAACAAGUUGAAAAGGCUUUCCUUUCAAAUAAUGAGUGUGGUUCUGUUGAGGAAACCAGUCCAGAAGUACUGAGCAGUAAUGAUGCCAGAAAAGAAGCAAUAAUUUCCUCAAAGAAAACAACUGAAUGUGCAUAUAGUUUAGAAAACACUUUUGUUGUCAGCAGUAGCUCAGUUUCUAAUACCAUCAUCUCUGGAACUCCCUCACAGCCUACAAGUCGAAGGCAGACCUUUAUUACUUUGGAGAAGUUUGAUGGUUCAGAAAAUAGACCUUUUAGUUCCUCCCCCUUGAAUAAUAUGUCAACUGCUACAGUGAGAAAUAAUCAGGAAGGUGUGAGUAAAACCGAUGUUCCACCAAAAGCAAAGAAGAGAGAAGUGGCUCUUCCAAAAUCAGUCUCUGAAAAAGGAGUAGUACAUGGAAUUAAGAGAUCAGGCCGAAGGUCAAAUAAAACUGAGCAAACAGGGAAUAAAAGGUCUAAGCCCUUAAUCAGAUCUGAUCAGGAAAAAAAUACUCAGGAAUCUAUUGAUGGCAUUGUAGCCUUAGAAAGCAACCCACCCAGUUUGCUUAAUGAGACAGAAUGUGUGUUAGAUAGUCAGGAUCAUCUCUCUGAAUGCACAGUGGAAAAUGAGAAUACAGUGCUUCAGCCACCAAUAGAAAAUACUCUAACCAAUACUGUAGAAGAGAAAACCAUAGGAAUUAAUUUGGAAUCCAAAGAAAAUACACCCCCAGCCAUAAUGCCUGCAGAUCAAGUGGUUAAUGAGGAUUGUCAUAUUCAGAUAACUCCCAAUCAGAAAACACUUCGACGAUCUUUAAGGCGACGUUCAGAAACCGCAGAACCUUCUGCUGAUAACCAAGAUAAAGAAAAUAACCAGCAAAAAAAGGAAAGACGCAAGGAAGAAGAAAAGACUCUUCAGAAGAGUCCAUUGCAUGUAAAAGAUGAUGUGUUACCUAGCCAGAAACCGAUUUCUGAACAAACUGUACAGAACAAUUUAAUUGAGAAAGGAAAUAAUGUACAUGAAAAGUCUUCCGGGGAAACCAGUGCUAAUUCUGAAAUUGACGAAAAUACAAGAAAGCCAGACCUUGAGAAUACUAAAUCUGAGGGCAGUGGUACCCAGGACAUUGCAGAUAAGUCCUCUGAUAAACCAGUAAGGGGACGGACACGGUAUCAAACAAGAAGAGCAUCCCAGGGUUUACUUUCUAGCAUUGAAAACUCAGAAUCUGAUAGUUCUGAGGCAAAAGAAGAAGGUUGUAGAAAGAAGAGAUCUGGGAAAUGGAAAAACAAAAGUAGUGACAGUAUUGAUACUAAAGAGCAAGAAGAGAAAACACUGAAACAGGAAUGUGUAAAAGUUGAAAGCCAGACAGGUGAUUGUAAAGCAAACUCUGAAGUAGACACAGAUGUAAAAUUUCAGGGUCUUGAAGCAAAAGAUGAGAGUAAUACUGGAUCACUUCAAGAUUCUAUAGUAUCUUCAGAUUCCUUGCAAGUUUCUGGUAAUGUAUUAAAUACUUAUGAGGGAAAAAGUAAAACUAACAAAAGUGCAGAACAUUCCUUUUCAAGUCCACCCACACCAGAAUCAAAUCUAAGGACUAGAAAUGCCUCUAAGAGAUUACAUAGGCGAGAUUCUGUAGAAAGUAACAGUAUGGGAGAAUCCUCAAAAAUAGGAACAUCAGACAUCUCUUUGCUUUCUGAAAAAACUCACCAAACACUUGAAUGCCAACACAAGAGAAGUAAGAGGGUGAGGAGAUCUAAAGGUUGUGAUUGCUGUGGAGAAAAAUCACGUCAGGAAAAGUCACUCAUUGCAUUAAGAAACACAGAAAAUGAUGAUGUAAAGGUGAGUGAAACAAAAAAGACAGAUUUGCAAACACCUAGAACUAUAUCAGAAACUUCUAAAGCGCAUCAGUAUUCUGAGGUAAGACUUUUAGAUGAACUUCAUGGUGUGAACUUUAAUUUGGGCCUCAGAGAGGAGAAUGAUACUAUAAAUGAUUCAUUCAUUAUAUCUGAAACUGAGUUCAAAGAAAAUACUCUUCAAGAAUCUUUCCCUUCUGAAAUACAAGAUUUUAAAGACAAAAUUUGUGAUGUGAAUUCUAAGGAAACAGUAUCACUUGAAAGCCAUGAAGUAUCCAAUAAGAAUUGCAAAACUGUUGGGCCAUGUUUAGGUGAUUCCAAAGAUAUUUCACUGGAAUGUCCUAUUUUGGAGAUGAAAGAAGUAAAACCAGAAUCUAUCCUGAAAAAGGAACUAAGUAUCAUAGAGACAAUUGUUGAUGAUGAAGCAAAUGCAUGUAAAGUAAAAGUCAAUCUGGAAGAAGUGGAAGCUAUGGAAUUCGGUGUAGAAAGUGAUAAAUCUGAAGCUAGUUUCUCUGAACAAAAGAGCACCAAAACUGGUACUCCUGAAGAAGAGGUAACAGAGGGAAAUGCUGAAAAAAGUGAUGAAUCUGAAGUGGAUGCAGUUGAAGAACUGAAUGCUGAAGAGGCAGCAAAUGAAAGAUCUAAUUCAGGUAUUGGUUAUUCUGAUAGUACCACACCUAUAAAAGUGAGUGCUCAGACAGAGGUUCCUGAACACAUGGCCACUGGCGGCCUAAAUGGAGGAAGUGGUGAAUCUGAUCCAGGUUCAUCUGAAGAAAUGAAUGCUGAAAUGCACAAUUGUGAAGGAUCAGUGAUAGAUGAGGUGAAUGCUGAAGCCAACCGUGUCAGUGCAACUGAGGAUGGGAGCUUGACUACCAAAGCCUGUGAGCCUGUAGAAGCCCAAACAAAGAGAUUGAAUGUAGAAAUCAGCAGCUUUGUUCCUGACAUGCUUGAGAUGAGCACGGAAGAAGGUAAAGUUGAUGUUAGUAAAAUUGAAACAAAUAGUGAACUUAAUAAAUUUGAAGGAACAAAAUUAGAUGAUAGUCAAAUGGUAGUGGGAAAUGAUGAAGUUUUACAGGAAGUUCACCAUACUUCAGAGAAAGUGGAGGAAACAUCACAGUGUCUGACAUCUGGAACAGCUAUCUCUGAACUGAUAGCAGAUGACAGUAACGGAUCUCCUCAAAAAUUAAGGGAACUUGACCCUUUACUUAUGUCAACAAAUGACAGUCCUAGUAGCAUGCAGACACGUUGUGUCUGGUCUCCUUUGGCAUCUCCAUCCACCAGCAUUCUAAAGAGAGGACUAAAAAGACCCCAGGAAGAUGAGAUACCAUCACCUGUUAACAAGGUUCGCCGUGUCUCCUUUGCAGAUCCAAUAUACCAAGCUGGCUUGGCAGACGACAUUGAUAGGCGGUGCUCUGUUGUUAGGUCCCAUUCUUCAAGUAUUUCUCCCAUAGUAAAAAGUGUUAAAACUUCACCUACUGCACAAUCUAAGCAUAAUACCACUUCAACCAAAGGAUUUCUGUCCCCAGGAUCACGUAGCCCUAAAUUUAAGACUUCAAAGAAGUGUUUAAUUACAGAAAUGGCUAAAGAAUCCAUGCCAUGCCCAACAGAAAGUGUUUACCCAGCUUUGGUGAACUGUGUGGCACCAGUUGACAUCAUUUUACCUCAGAUUACAUCAAACAUGUGGGCAAGAGGACUGGGACAACUCAUUAGAGCCAAGAAUAUAAAAACAAUUGGUGAUUUGAGUACUCUUACAGCCUCUGAAAUAAAAACGCUUCCCAUCCGUUCUCCAAAAGUAUCUAAUGUAAAAAGGGCUCUCAGAAUAUAUCAUGAGCAGCAGGUAAAGUCUCGUGGACUAGAAGAGAUUCCAGUUUUUGAUAUUUCAGAAAAAACAGUAAAUGGAAUAGAAAAAUCUUUCCCUUCUGAUGAUGAAAGACUUGCAUCAGAUUUAAUUGAUCCUGUUGCUUUAGAAACUCCAUUAUCUAAAAAUCUUAUGGCACAGAUUAGUGCACUUGCUCUACAGCUGGAUUCAGAAGAUCUCCAUACCUACUCAGGAAGCCAGCUAUUUGAAAUGCAUGAGAAACUUGGGAGCAUGGCAAACUCUAUAAUAAAAAAUCUGCAGUCACGUUGGAGGUCACCAGCCCAGGAAAAUCCAGUUUAGUAUUUCAAAAGAAAAUUCAAGUGUUUUUUUUUUUUUUUUACAUCACUGGAUUUGUUGAUUUAUAAAGUAAGUUUUGAAAUAUAGCACAAUUUCAGACUGAAUGCUUGCAAAGUUGAUAACAUUUCACACCCUGAAAGGCAGUGGACUUAUUAUGUAAGUUCAGUUUUAUAAAUUCAUUAUGUAAGAUUAUUUUUGUGUAUGUAGUACAUUUUCUUGGCCACUAUGCAUAGUUUUUCCAGAAAUUCACAAGGAAAUUUUUUAUUUCAGUAUUUUGCUGAACUGAUGAAGGUGUUUAUACUUGAUUUUUUUUCCAUUUAAUUUAUGUUUGUUGUGCUUGAGGCUUAGACUUGUUCUUGGUAAAACACCUCAGGUGAGAUGCAGAAAGAACUGGAAUAUUUUUUUGAAAUUGUCAACUUUGGACAGCUUUCAAGAAAAAUACCAUAAGUUUCAACUUUUGGGGCUAAAAUAUUAAAGAAUUUACUAAGA